AUGCCCAGUGUCCUCGCCGAGAGCGAGCGCGCGCCGCGCGGCCCAGAACGAACUCCACUUUCCGGGCCUUGCGGGCAGCCGAGCUGCCGAGUUUCUGGUCGACCCCGGCGCCCAGGAGAUGCGCUCGUUCUUCUAGAAGACCACGGCAAAGGACCCUGGAGGGACAGUGGGUUAGGAGCGGGGCUGCUAACUGAAAGAGUAAGCAGCUGGAAACGACCAACAGCCCCAUGCUCCACUCCUGUAGAGACUGACUGUCUGGGGAACCCACAGGGAUAUAAAAGGAGAGAAAAGUACGUCGAUCUGUGGAACAACUACCACCAAGAAAUUAGAACCAGGAAUGGAGCAAGUCCUCUAGCCUCGGGCUCCCUGCACUGCGAACCUCCUAGACCCAGGGGAAGAUUGAUGCCAAAGACACACUGGGCAGCAGAUGAUGAAAGUAACAAGAAAGUUCCUUCAGAGCCCACAGAGAACUGCUAUCCUAGAGCCUCUGCCCUGAAUCUAACCUUCUGGCUUCUCAAUGGUGAAGGAAUAAAUGUCCAUUUGCUGAAGCCAUCCACUUUUGAUGGUAAACCUAUGCUUCGCCAGGGAGAUACUGGAGACUGGAUUGGAACAUUUUUGGGUCAUAAGGGAGCCGUUUGGGGUGCAACACUGAAUAAGGAUGCCACCAAAGCCGCUACUGCAGCGGCAGAUUUCACAGCCAAAGUGUGGGAUGCUGUCUCGGGAGAUGAAUUGAUGACCCUGGCCCAUAAACAUAUCGUCAAGAGCGUGGAUUUUACUCAGGAUAGUAAUUAUUUGUUAACUGGAGGACAAGAUAAACUGUUACGCAUCUAUGACUUGAACAAACCUGAAGCAGAACCUAAAGAAAUUAGUGGCCACACUUCUGGUAUUAAAAAGGCUCUAUGGUGCAGUGAGGAUAAGCAAAUUCUUUCAGCUGAUGAUAAAACUGUUCGCCUUUGGGAUCAUGCUACUAUGACAGAAGUAAAAUCUCUAAAUUUUAAUAUGUCUGUUAGCAGUAUGGAAUAUAUUCCUGAGGGAGAGCUCUUGGUAAUAACUUAUGGACGAACUAUUGCUUUUCAUAGUGCAGUAAGUUUGGAUCCAAUUAAAUCUUUUGAAGCUCCUGCAACCAUCAAUUCUGCAUCCCUUCAUCCUGAGAAAGAAUUUGUUGUUGCAGGUGGUGAAGAUUUUAAACUUUAUAAGUAUGAUUAUAAUAGUGGAGAAGAAUUAGAAUCCUACAAAGGACACUUUGGUCCUAUUCACUGUGUGAGGUUUAGUCCCGAUGGAGAGCUCUAUGCCAGUGGCUCCGAAGAUGGAACAUUGCGACUGUGGCAGACGGUUGUAGGGAAAACAUAUGGCCUGUGGAAAUGUGUGCUUCCUGAAGAAGAUAGUGGUGAGUUGGCGAAGCCGAAGAUCAGUUUUCCAGAAACAACAGAAGAGGAAUUAGAAGAAAUUACUUCAGAAAAUUCAGAUUCCAUCUAUAGUUCAACUCCUGAAGUUAAAGCCUGAUCAUCAGGCAUACGCCACAGAUACAGUAUGCAACGUACGGACUGAAAAAAGCAAGCAGAGAAACGCAUGCAUUUUACAGGGCUACUCUCUGCUAAAGGCAAACCAGGGCAGCAAUUAAAGGGGAAUCCGAAUUAGCUCCAGCACGGGGACUAACCUUGGUUACCUGUAAGUGAGACUCAAGAUGAUCAGAAAGCAGGUGGAGUUAAGACAGCCUACUGUCCUUCAGAUUGAAUAUGUGCAAGCCAACAUCCAAUUCCUCAUGGUAUAAUUAGAAUUCUUGUAGUUGUUUAUGUUAUUAUGGAGAAAAAAUAUAAUGGCCUAUUUUUCUGACUUCCCUUAAAGCAGAAAGACUUUUUGCUUCAGUUGUAAACAAGAGGGAAUGCAUUUAUAAAGUAAUUGGUUUGAUUUCUUUUCAUUGUACACUGCUUCUGAACAUCAUCUACUUGUUUUUAGUUGUCUAAAUAAAAUGCCCCUAAAACAA